GUGAAACCUACUUCUCUCACUGCUCACUCACACUUCAUCAUCUUCCUGCUCUCUGAACUUUUUAAAAAGUUGCCAUGUCUGCCCAGUAUGCUCCCGGCGUGCCUGUCCAUCAGUCAGUCCAGAUGGUGUCAGUCACCACCGGUCAAAGUUCUGGAACAUGGAGCACCGGCCUCUGCGACUGCUGCUCUGAUAUGGGCACCUGCUGCUGUGGUUAUUGGUGUUUCCCCUGCAUGCAGUGUCAGACAGCCAGUAAACAUGGCUGGUGCUGCUGCAUGCCCCUCCUGGAUGUCUGCUGUGUGAUGUCCUGCUCACUGCGCUCCUCCAUCAGACAGCGCCACGGCAUCCCUGGCUCAUGCUGUGAUGACUGCUGUACGCUCUGUUGGUGCUACGUAUGUGCCUGGUGCCAGAUGAAUCGCGAGGUGAAGAUCAGGGCCAGACGUCAGCCGUCGACCACGUCAGUGGUCGCCACACAGGUCGUCAGGGCAUAAGAUUAAAAAUGUCGUGGUCGUAUGUUGACGACAUACAACAUGUUUAACAAGUGGAUCAUUUCUGUUUGGAUUUUUGUAGUUAUUAGGUGAUAGACAAAACAUUUUGUUUCAAACAUAUAUGUCAAUAAGCAUCAGAGGGACUAUUAGACUUCUGCUUUCCAGUUUGUAAUAUCAGUAGUUUUAUAGAUUUUCUAUAGAUCAAUUUGAAGCUUCAUGAGCAAUUUAAUAAAAUUAAGUAUUUUAAAUUGGGUUUAAUGUAACGUUUACUUUAAGAUUGUAACUUCUUAUAAAAUAUUAAAAGUUUAACUUUUGAGAAAAAUGGGUCUUUGAGUUUGACGCUGAUUUAGUAGUUGCAGUUUCCAGACAAUUUCAUCCUGGAAACUUUUUGUCUGGGGUCUGGAGGACCUGCUGCUCCAGAAAUACAGUUGCGGUUUUACAAUCAUCCAGUAGAUGGCACUGUUGCAAAAACAAACAAACAACAACAACAAAAACAAACAUACAAACAAAAACAGCAGGGGUCUAGACUACUGGAACAAUGUUCACGACACUUCCGUGUCAUUGGUCGACACAGACUCGAGCAGACAGGCUCAAGCUCAACGUCAUUAUCUCUAAUACAGAACUUAAGCAUUUUAAAGGGUUUACAACUUUUCAAACAAAGCUGAAUGUCCCUGUGAUUUUUCCAGCCAGUACUACACAUUGUUUUGAAGAACCACUGAAUUACUUUACCAAUGUCUGAAAACAAGAUAUUAACCUAUAAUCUAAUAAUGCAAAAUUAAGCUUUUCUGAUAUCUUAAUCUGUGCAUUUAUGUUUCUGCCUCUCAUUUUUCCAGAUGACUUGUUCAUGUAUAUUUUUACAGAUCCUUCCUGCCUUAAUCAGUUAAUAAAGAAGAAUGUUCUGCUUACAAA